GUGGGCCAACGCAGUAGUUUCUCUCUCGGCUGUGUGCGUGUGUGGUGUGUGCGCCUGCCGGUGAGUGCGUAGCCGUGUGUUCCCCAGUGUGUGUGUGUGUGCAUAGGCCUACGCGAUAAGGAGCCCCUAACAUCUGAUCUCCUUAUACCUGUGGCGGAAGUGAGAGGUAAACGUUGUGUGCUGAACGUGACAGUCUACCUGCAAUUACCUCCCAGCGCUCCAUGCACCGGUCCAGUAUGUUGACGGCAGUGCUGGUGGUGCUGGCGGCGGCCGGGGCGUGGGCGGGCCCGGCCAGGGAGAGGCAGCUCAAGCCCUGCCCGGACGGUUUCCGCGCCGUGGUGGUGGGCGGCAAGCAGGACUGUGUGUGUGCCGACUACCACGUGUACUGGCCCAGGACCGGACUUUGCUACCCGGAGUUCACGCGCGGCCCCUGCGGCCCCGGCCAGCAGCUGGUGGCCAACGAGACAGGUCACGCCGAGUGCAGGUGUCCCGGCUUCUGGGCGCUGUGGAAGGACGGCGCGUGCUACCAGGAGUACUCGCGGGGCCCCUGCGAGGUGGGUCAGCUAUUCAUGGGUCGCGGACCCUCCACCGAGGGUUUCUGCUCCUGCUCCUCCAAGCUGGUGAUGCACUACUACCGCCAGGACGGCCGCUGCUACCCGCUGUACGACCAGGGCCCUUGUCCCAAGGGCCACAUCAUCAAAUUCGACUACCGCACGCUGGAGCCCGUGUGUGAGUGCCGCGACGGCUACAUGCUGGAGGAGGACGGCGCCUGCUACCCUCUCAACACCGCCGGGCCCUGCAACCAGACCUCCUGCCACGACGGCAUCAACUGCUACCUCCGCAACUUGGACACGCUCAAGACGGAGUGCAAGUGUCUGCCAGGCAACGUGACCACCUCUGACGGCCACUGCUUUGAGCCUUACUCCCGUGGACCCUGUCAGCUCGGAGACUGGUUGGUGUUCUCUCAGCCCGGCGUCGCCGUGUGUGAGCCCAAGACACACUGCACACGCUUCGACAAUUGGUUCUACUGGACACCCGACCAGCGCUGCUAUCGCCAGUACUCCCGCGGCCCUUGCCCCGAUGGCCAGCUCUUCUACCUCGACCUCAACACUGGCAUCUCCGGCUGCCACUGCCGCAAGGAGUGGACCCCCUACUUCUGGGAGGAGGACGGUGCGUGCUACGAGCAACACUCGGUGGGUCCCUGCCCCGUGGGGAUGUACUUCAGCUUCAACCAGACUUCCGGCAAGACGGAGUGCAACUGCUUCACCUCCCACGUGCUGCACGAAGAGUCCCAGACCUGCUACGAGCGGAUGACCUCCGGGCCGUGUCCCGCGGGCCAGCUGGUGGUGGAGGACCCGGCUACCAACCGCCUUACGUGCAACUGCCACGCCGGCAUGACCUCCCACUACUGGCAGACUGAUGGCAAGUGCUACCAGCACUUCCUGCAGGGGCCCUGCCCCCAGGGACAGACCUUCAGGCUAGACAGGGCCACCGGCUUGCCGGCCUGCAUAACCUGGGGAUAAAAACGACAUCCGGAGACCCAUACUUUGUACCUUAGUGUGAGUGACGUACGAGAGCUCCAGCGCCUCAACUCUAAAGGAUUUUGAGUGACAACCUGAGCCAGUGAUCGAAAUUUAAAAUUAAUUUGUGAGUCACACGAGGUGUCCGUCCGUAUUGCGUCACCGUGUGUUUGUGAGCCUCGUGCCCAAAGUUCUUCUCGACCCGCAACGGUUACUGACAAGCAAGCCUCGUACACACACACACGAGUGUGGCGCCGCCGUGAUGGAGAGGCCGCCUCGACCUGCGGCAGCGCCCGGCGCCCCGCAGGACUCGCUGACUUCCGGCCCUGGAGAACGCCGCCGCCAGCUCCGGCCGGGUCAUGAAGCUGCUAUGUUUGGUCACCUGUGACGUGACAGCUUUCACUCCUUUAUUUAUAGUCCUCAUUCACAACCAGGCAGGAGGAGGAGGAGCAGAAGCAGGAAAGCAGCAAACACUAUUAUAUAGUGACUGUUUCCAAUCAUCUUAUUCAGUCUAAAAGUUGCCUCGUAACUUUUUGUUGUUGUUGUUGAUGUGCAUCAGGUGCCCAAACAGCCGUGAACUUGAUCUCUCGUGCUUUUGUUCUGAACACCGCCAAGCUCGGGGCGAUUGUCUUCCCUUUCCUGUUGUUCGCAUCACGGUUAGGCAUGAAAAUUUUAUUUAUUCAAUUGCUGUUGCAUAUUUUUAUUCAUUUUUACAAAAUGAGGAAUAUAAAUAAAAAUCUAAGUUGUCACUAAUAAAUUCUCAGUGUUUUCCCUUCAUCAGUUGCCAGUUUGCUCCCGAGGCUUGCCUUCGUGUCGCAGGACCUUCAGGAAAGACCUAAGUAUGAACAUUCUCGUUUAGGAAUAACUGAACACUACUGGUUGUGUCAUCAAAAAGAUCAAUUCGAGAACAAACUGGCAACAAGUACACUCGGCCGAACAGGCUGCUACUCAGUGUUUUGUUCACCGGGCGAGUCAGAGAGUCCUCGGAGUCGAACCUAAGCGGGUCCAGCGUCCAGGCGCCUCAGUGGGGGAGUGUUGUUUCGUAGGUGGUGGUUACCGCGUCCCGGGCACUCACUCCCCUGGGCCGCCUGGACGCUGCAGACCACGCCUCUACUAGAACCUUGGGAACACCUCACCGCCCCGCGAUGAAGCUUCGUCCUUUGUGCGUCGACGCCGCUUCGUGCUUCGUGGCCGGCAGGUGGUGGCUCGGCGUGUGAGUACUGCUGGCGCGGUGUGAAUACAAGCUUGUUCUCCUUCCUAACUGAAGAAAGAAAAUUUAUCAGUAAUGUGGGAAGUAGGCGCUGCCUAUGCCUUAGGUUUUACUCGAACGUAGCUAAACUAGCCUUCUUGUUCAUCGCUAUAAGUUACUUCUUAUUUAUAUAUGUAUGUCUCUAUAAGUGUUCGUGUGAAUGAUUGCAAAUUCCCUGGGUAUUUCCGUUUUUCUUGAUUCAUUAUAUAUAUAUAUAUAUAUAUAUAUAUAUAUAUAUAUAUAUAUAUAUAUAUAUAUAUAUAUAUAUAUAUAUAUAUAUAUAUAUAUAUAUAUAUAUAAGAUGACGCAGAAUCUCAACCAACUAUUAUUUUCUUUCUCGGUUUGGUCUGUGGUGGGCUACGCUCCCCGUUUUACGUCCAGGUAUUGUUUGACAGUUUUUUCCUGAGUGAUGUCGAAGUGUCGUGAGUGAAUGUUGUGAAAGGUUGGAACAUAUCAGGUGAGCGUCGCGUUACCUUGGCACGGCGCGUGUCGCUGCGCCGCGCCGCGCACGGCAGCCGCCGAGGCCGCGGCGGGGCGCGCCCUGAGGCUGUAACGGUCACCAUGUUGUUGUAGCAGCACCUGAGAAUUGUGAUAUAAUCUUGAAUAAAACAUUUCGAGAAAACAAA